UUAAAAAAGAAACCCUUUCGUUGGCUAGAUACCUAUCCUAUUCCCAAGUUCUUAAUUUUGAAGUACUGUUUUUCUUUUUUGCUUACUUAUUUGGCUUCAUUUCAUUUUCUUCUUUUUUUUCUUUUUUCUUUUCAACGUCGGUGGUGUUUUGUGUUUAAGUGAUAUGAUUUGUUGUUGUUGUUGUUCUUCUUUGUGUGUGGUUUUUUGGAGUUUUUUCUUACUCAGAUUAUAUUUCAUCCAACCUUUGCUUUCUAUUCAUUAAUUCAACUUCUUUCUCCUUUCUUCUUCCUUCUUCCUUCUUCCUUCUUCCUUCUUCUUCUAUUAUUAUUCUCUCUAUUUUUCUUCAAACCCUAAACAUACCCAUCACUCUUUUCAUCUCCAAAAUUCAAAAUUUCCGCUUGGGUUUUCUUAAAGGAUGAAUUUUGGAGUUAAUACACUCCAAAAUCACCAUCUUCAACCUAGAAAUAGGUUAGAUUUGAUCAUGAUGGAGCCUCCAGAGGCGGAGGAGGAAGCCGGUGGUGGUUCUAACAGCGGCAGUGGCAGCGGCGGAAGAGGAGGAGAAGUUGUUGAGAGGGAACACAUGUUUGACAAAGUGGUGACUCCAAGUGAUGUAGGUAAAUUGAAUCGUCUUGUAAUUCCAAAGCAACACGCUGAGAGAUUUUUCCCUUUAGAUUCAUCAACAAACGACAAGGGUUUACUCUUAAACUUCGAAGAUCGUAACGGAAAAUCGUGGCGAUUUCGUUACUCCUACUGGAACAGCAGCCAAAGCUACGUUAUGACCAAAGGUUGGAGUCGUUUCGUCAAGGAGAAACGCCUUGACGCUGGCGAUAUUGUCUCAUUUCAACGUGGAAUUGGUGAAAUUGGAAGAGAUCGUCUUUACAUCGACUGGCGUCGUCGUCCUGAACUCCCCCUCCAUCACUACCCCAUCACAACCACCACCACCGCCAUCCGACCGAGCAUCGUCAUACCAAGCGGCAGUGGUGCUACUGCCGCUUGGGGGCCAUUAGUCUGGCAGCCCCUCGGCGUAACAACAGCUGGAUACCAUCAUCAGCCAGCUGCCGUAACGCCGCGGGACCACACACACUUGCCGCGAAACAACAACAACAGUAACAACAACAAUGGUAAUGGUAUGUGUUGUCCUUAUGGAUAUGGGAGUUCUGGUGUUGAAACAACAAGUUCUGGGUUGGUGUAUUUGAGGACAGAAUUAGGAGGAAAAUCAUCAAGAAGAGUAAUUGGUACUCCAAGAUUAGGGGAAGAUCAAGAAUUGGAAUUGGAAAUGGAUAGGAAUUUUAAUAAUUAUCAGAUGCAGCAAGAGUAUUGUAGUAAUGGUGGGGGUGGUGCUUCAAUGGUGGUCCUUCAAGGAAAUUAUAGUAUGGAAAAUCAUCAUCAUCAUCAUCAAAAAUUAAAUAAUAAUAACAAUAAUAAUUAUAGUGAAGAAGAUACACCAGUGAAAAAAUCAAGAUUAAGGCUAUUUGGUGUAAACAUGGAGAUGGAGAGUCCAAUUUCAUCACCUUCUUCUGAUGAAUGUGAUUUAUUAUUAUCUACAAACCCCAAAACCACUACUUCUACCACUCAAUUCCAAUUGCCUUCUCCUUCAAUUUACAAAGUAUGAGGGAUCGAUGAGUGUGUCGUGAUAUCUCAACUAGGAUGACGACACAUCCUUAGCAUAUCUUCAUCAUACCUCACGUCCAACAAAAGAAAUUCAUUGAGGAAAAGUUCAAUAUAUACAUCGGAAGCUCGUAAAAGAGAUACAAAGAGACUAGAAGAAAGUCAUGACCCAGUUAAGAGCUAUGGUAAUGACAUCAUAAAUUUUAUUAUCAUGUCGAUAUUACUAUUCAUCGAGGAAAGGUUGGCUGAUUGUUGUUAACCAAUUUUAUUUUUGAAUACAUAUUAACAUGGUAUUAAAUUUAAUUGACACGUCAAUGCUUUUACA